GAGGCUUCCAUUCGUCCACCCCAGCGGGCCAUUGUCAAAAGGACGUCUCUAGCAUCCUCCUCAGUACAAUCCCUCUCCCGUUCGACGACUCCGCGGCAUCAGCGCCGGCAGUAGAAAUAGAGUGAUCGAUCGACCGACGCAAUUGUUGCAGUCCUUUGACGGACUUCAACUUUGAGGAGACUUCAACUUGAAGUUAUCGCCCGCGUUAUUCCCAAGGUGAGGCCGACUAUUUUUCGCCUCCAACGACAACGACGUUGAGUGGACUUGCGGAGUGACGAGUGAAUUUGUAGUUUUCUGGCGCCUCAAAACGGCUAGAAUUGGCGACGUUGAGUGAACAUGCGGUGUAAAUUUCGAGCCACGAUUCAAGUUGGAAGCAUCCAGAUCUCAGAGGCUCGCUGGCUUGCCGUACUGUUAUCGCGUACUUGAUACCUCGUGUAGCACUGCCGCCGUGUGGCAGAACUCAGUACGCGCGUCUCACGUCUGGACUCAGUUCAGUACGCGCGUCUCGCGUCUGCACUCAGCACUCAGCACGCGCGUCUCGCGUCUGCACUCAGCACUCAGCACGCGCGUCUCGCGUCUGCACUCAGCACUCAGCACGCGAGGCUCGGGUCCACGGUGACAUAUCCGCCACGAUGCGACUUCCCCCUCCGCUUGGCGCUUCUAACGCGGCGCGCGCUGCUCAUCAUCCCGCAGCGGCUUUGUUUUUUCAGGACUCCUCCCGUUACUGUCACAUCCGUCAGAGUCUCUGCCCCGUUCGCCCCCCCGGGCCGCUGGCUGCAGGCGGCGUAUCGCAAUCAUCCCGCGGCCAGCGGCGGCAGACUUCGCUCACCACGAGAGGAAAUUCUGCCGGCUUUGAUUCUCUCGGGCUUCAGUCAACGCGGUCAACGUGGUCAACUCCGUCAGCGCAUUCAGCACAAGCUCAGAUUCAGAGCGACGAAAUCGUCAUCAUGAGGAUCGCGGUGGUGGGCGGCACGGGGAACGUGGGGUCGAAGCUGGCCCACAUGCUGUGCGCGGCUGGGCAUGACGUGGUGCUGACGUCACGCCACCCUGGCGAUGACAAGACCGCCAAGGCGCUAGCGUAUGUGAGGGAGGGGGGCAAGGGAGCAGCAACAGCGGCAGGAGUGGAGGAGGCAGUAGCGGGGGCUGAUGCUGUCAUCAUUGCCACUCCUGGAUAUGCGACAGCAGAGGAGUGGAGCAAGGUUGUUGCCCCCUGGGGCUCGUAUGCCGGGGUGGUGUUAGACGCUUCCAACCCCCUGACUGCGUGGCCGGCGUUGGACAUCAGCGCGGAUCAGAACAGCACCAGCGGCGCAGAGGAGCUCAAAAAGGCCCUCCCCCACGCGCACGUGUACAAGGCGUUCAACACCCUCGGAGCGGAGCUGAUGGUCGAUCCAACCCUGGGAGGCAAGCAGAUCGCCAUGCUCUUUGCUGGAUCGGAGGACCCUGCUGCCAAGGAUGUUGCCACUAAGAUCAUCUCAGCCGUUGGAUUCCGCCCUGAGUACGUGGGCCCUCUGCGCUACGCGCGCAAUCUGGAGAGCCUGGCGGAGCUCUGGAUCCACCUGGCGCUCAAGCAGGGCUGGCCGCGGGCGGGGUUCGCUUUUGAUAUCCAGAAGGCAUAGGGCGAAUUGGGGGUUUAAGGGGGAGGAAGGGAGGAUGUGUGUGGGUGCUCGCAACCUGGAGAGCCUGGCGGAGCUCUGGAUCCACCUGGCGCUCAAGCAGGGCUGGCCGCGGGCGGGGUUCGCUUUUGAUAUCCAGAAGGCAUAGGGCGAAUUGGGGGUUUAAGGGGGAGGAAGGGAGGAUGUGUGUGGGUGCUAGCAACCUGGAGAGCCUGGCGGAGCUCUGGAUCCACCUGGCGCUCAAGCAGGGCUGGCCGCGGGCGGGGUUCGCUUUUGAUAUCCAGAAGGCAUAGGGCGAAUUGGGGGUUUAAGGGGGAGGAAGGGAGGAUGUGUGUGGGUGCUAGCAACCUGGAGAGCCUGGCGGAGCUCUGGAUCCACCUGGCGCUCAAGCAGGGGUGGCCGUGUGAAGGCUUUGUGCUCGAAAUUCAGAAGGCUUAGGCUGGGCUAAGAGUGUAUUCCUACGCCAUGGUAUUUAGUACCAGAAUAGAGAAUCCCAUACUUGAACACCGUGCUGUAUUUGCCGAUUUGCAGGAUGGUGUUCAGUACCAGUGUGGUUCGCAAGCGUGGGCACGACCACGAAACGUGCGAAACAAACGUGGAUGGUGAGCGAUGUCGCCAGGCCAAACGAAGAGUGCGCAUCACUGCCCAGAAAGCCUAAUGUGCAGCCCAAACACGUGCGCGGCGUCAGAAGCCCUCGCCAGGCGGAUGGCGCUCCCACCAAUAGCUGCUCGCCUGCCACCCUGACAUCCAGACGCAAUGCACCUAGCGAGCCAUGUGAGAGCGAGCACAAAACCCGAACAUAUGCCAAAUUUUGUCGCAAACACCACAGACGUAUUUCCAGCCAACCCAA